AUGAGGGGCCGCAGGGGCGACCGCAUGACAAUCAGCAUCCAGGAGCACAUGGCCAUCAACGUGUGCCCCGGGCCCAUCCGGCCCAUCCGGCAGAUCUCCGACUACUUCCCUCGGCUCGGCCCUGGGCCCGAAGGGGGCGGCGGUGGGGGCCGUGGGGAAGCCCCAGCCCACCUGGCCCCGCUGGCCUUGGCGCCCCCGGCCGCCCUCCUUGGGGCCACCACUCCUGAGGAUGGAGCUGAGGUGGAUAGCUACGACUCCGACGAUGCCACUGCUCUGGGCACACUGGAGUUCGACCUCCUCUAUGAUCAGGCCUCCUGUACUCUGCACUGUCGAAUCCUCAGGGCCAAGGGCCUCAAGCCCAUGGAUUUCAAUGGCCUGGCUGACCCCUAUGUCAAGCUGCACCUUCUGCCUGGAGCCUGCAAGGCCAAUAAGCUAAAAACAAAGACUCAGAGAAACACACUGAAUCCUGUGUGGAACGAGGACCUAACCUACAGCGGAAUCACAGACGAUGACAUCACUCACAAGGUGCUCAGGAUCUCUGUCUGUGAUGAGGACAAGCUGAGCCACAAUGAGUUCAUUGGGGAGAUCCGGGUACCCCUGCGCCGCCUCAAGCCCUCACAGAAGAAGCAUUUUAACAUUUGCCUUGAGCGUCAGGUCCCGCUGGCUUCACCGUCUUCCAUGUCUGCCGCACUGAGGGGCAUCUCCUGUUACUUGAAGGAGAUCGAGCAGGCGGAGCAGGGCCCUGGGCUGCUGGAAGAGCGAGGGCGAAUCCUGCUAAGCCUGAGCUAUAGCUCGAGGCGCAGGGGCCUGCUGGUGGGCGUCAUCCGCUGUGCCCACCUAGCUGCCAUGGACGUCAAUGGCUACUCUGAUCCUUAUGUGAAGACGUACUUGAGACCAGAUGUGGAUAAGAAAUCCAAGCAUAAGACGUGUGUGAAGAAGAAAACUCUAAACCCAGAAUUUAAUGAGGAGUUUUUCUAUGAGAUGGAGCUCUCCAUUCUGGCUACCAAGACUCUGGAAGUCACAGUCUGGGACUACGACAUUGGCAAAUCCAACGACUUCAUAGGUGGCGUGUCCCUGGGGCCGGGCUCCCGAGGAGAGGCCCGGAAGCACUGGAGCGACUGUCUACAGCAGCCGGAUGCAGUCCUGGAGCGCUGGCACACCCUGACCAGCGAGCUGCCCCCAGCGGCUAGCGCUCUCCCCUCAGCCUGA